GUAGCAUCAUUCAAUUGAAGUUGAAGUAUGUCCUCAUUGACUCGAGGGCAUAAGAUGUUUUUUGUUUUCUUCAUCGGAGUAUUUUAAUAGACUAAAUAUUUCUAUAUUUUGAAGUAUGAGUCAUAACCUAAGUAUUUUUGUGUCUAAGUUUUGAUGAGAUUGAGACAUGGUAUUUCGAUGAUUUCUAAUGAAAGAUUUUAUUAAAGAUAUUUUAAUGUUUUGUGAAAAUUUUUCAUUCCGCACUACUUUUCACUAUGUAUAAGCGACGAACGAUACGAAAAGAAUUUGUACAAAACCUCCAAAAAGUCAAGUACGCCAAUCACAAUCCGAGAUUGGCUCUAACUUCUAGGGUUUGAUCUCGGACGGUGGCAUCCUAAAUUUACACAUUUCAUUUAAUUUUCUCAACAGGCGAGCCAUUUGGUCUUUUCCACGAAACCGUCAGCGGCGGUGCACCACCCCAUCUCUGUCCUAAGAUGGAGGAAGAAAAGGCCGCAGCAUACUACGACGAACUUACACGAAAAGGAGAAGGCGCCGCAAGAUUCAAGCAAGGUCUAGGCUUUUCUUCAACUUCAAAUGAUGCCGUACCCAUCCGUGGCUCUGCUCUCGUUUCUUCCUCUUCAUUUCUAGGUAGCUUUGUCAGGGCAUCAAGCCCGUCCAAAACCACCGAGUUCGAAAAACAAGCUCAGCUCCAAACCAUCCAAAACAAGCUAAAGAAUAAACCUAAAGAUUGCCUUUCUUGUAGGGUUUCCACAAGUCCAAGUCGCGAAAAACGUUCCAGCCGGAGAAGCCCGAGUCGAAGCCACAAGUUAAGGCGACGGAGUCGAAGCCGGAACAGAGAUAAAGAGAGGCAUUCGAGGUGGAGUGAAAACCGGGAUGCUUAUAGGUCGAAGCGUCCACAUAGGUCGACAAGUAGAAGUAGAAGUAGAAGUAGAGACAGAUAUAAACAUAGACAAAAAGAGAAGCAGAAUACAAAGAGGACAAGGAGUGUGUCACCACGGGAUCAAAGACCGGGGAAAGUUGGCAAAGAUAGAGCUGCUAUGGUAGAUUAUAGCAAAUUGAUUGAAGGUUAUCAAACUACGACUCCAGCUGAAAGAGUCAAAGCCAAAAUGAAAUUUCAACUUUCAGAAAGUGUUCGAAAAGAUGAAACAAUAAGCAUGGGCUCGGGAUGGGAGCGUUUUGACUUUGACAAGGAUGCCCCUUUGGAUGACAACGAGAUUGAAGCUGUAGAAGAUGAUGGUGCUUUAGUCGACCACAUUGGUAAAAGCUUUCGGUUUUCUACGGUGGAGACUAGGAGGGAGGAACAAAUUGAGGCUGCUCAUGAUGAGGCUAUUUUUGGAGCUCCCUCACUAUUGCCAUGUUCACCUUCCUCAGAAACAAAUGAUGAAGCAGAAGAUAAGAAUGUCAAAAAGGACAUAUCUGAAAUUGCAACUGCUACAAGUCUCAUCAAUGGACAGGCACUGGCAAUGCAGCAAGGUUCUUGGCGUGAUCGUGUGCGUAAAUCAUAACUUGUUUGAAUGCUUGGAAGACUUGAUCAUGCCAAGUAUUUGGUUUAUGCAAAUGGAGGGUUUUUGUAUUUGUUCUUGUCUUGUGUGGGUUGUUGCCCCCUGCUUUUUGAAAUAGUGCAAGGUCCUCGUUUGUUCUGGGAAAAUUGUGAAGAAGGGUAUUUAUGGAGUUGGGUUUUCAGCUUUAAAAUAUCCAUUGUAGGUAAUUAAUUAUCUGUCAUAUUCUAAUUUUCUUAUGGAGAACUAGCAAGGAACCAGUUGCAAAUAUUUUUCUGUAAAUAUUCUCCUAUUUUGUUGGUUUUACACCUGUUCGGUACUAGCCCCGACGCUCCCUAACGAAGGCGACUCCGUAGCUAUGGGCUUUGAAUUCGAGGUCUCUUGGUUAAGGAUGAAUGAGUACUUACCUUCAUCACAACCCUUGUUGGUCUGUAAAUAUUCUCUUUCAUACUCUUAAACUUUGAAUUCAGCAGCCCUUGUAUAGUUUGUAUGUGGACGUCAAGUGUAGUGCUUUUGCCAAGAUUCGUCACAUGUAAAUAAAAUUCGGUUAUGAAA